AUGCAGGACUCUAUAGAUGAAAGUGUUGUCCCGACCUGUGAUGAGUUAUUAGAUGAUAAGACGUCUAAUGACAACAAUUCUGGUGACAAAUGCUCAUUAUGUGCCGGCCUUUCGACACCCGACUCCAAGUGCUCGUGUAAGUCAUCAUCUCAUUCGCAUCCAAUCGAUCAACCAUUAGAUCUCAGCAUUCAUUCAAGACAUAAAUUGGGAUCAAUUAAUGGUGACUCGCAUUCCAAAAAAGCCACUCAAAUGCGUGAUAAGAAAUGUGUAAUAAAAGUACCCAAACCUUCACAAACAUCCAAACCAUCGCAACCCUCGACCACUACCCCCACCCCCACCACUACCAAAGCCAUAAAGCGAAACCGUUUGCCGACAAACAGCACAUGGAAGCGAACCUAUACUGAGGAGGAAUUGGAGGCAGCGCUCAGGGAUAUACAAAGUGGUAAAUUAGGCACCAGAAGAGCUGCUGUCAUAUACGGUAUUCCGCGCUCUACUCUACGAAACAAAGUUUAUAAGUUAGCCCUCGAGAAGACUAAUGGUAAACGUAAAGUCAGUCCAUCCGCCGCCACAGCCAUUAAAACCACAACAAAUUCCAAUACUUUAAAUAAAAAGUUUUCUAAAUCUUUACUUUUAAAUCAUAAUAAAAGUAACAAUAAAAGUGUGAAUCAAACGAACUCAACGCUCAACCAUAUGUUGGACGACCCGAACAACAGUGCGAUGUCUGCGAGCGAAUCACUCAAACAGAUCCUGAAGAACGCCAUCACACAGAAAGCGAAUACUGGCGGAAGUGGUGGUGCCGUGAGAGCCAAGACCAACCACACCAACCACACGGAGGAGCAGACAAUGGCAGACAUGGGCUCCGGACAGGCACUGCAAGCACUGGCGGGUUAUUUGCCUGGCGUUGGGUUCAACUCACUGACCGAUUUGUACAACUGUGAGGCCUUAGCGACCAUUCAGAUGUUGUCUACACUGGAGUGCGGACAGGCCUUAGCGCCACUCUUCACACAGUUCUUGUUGGCAAACAUACAUCAGUUAGCUUUGGCUAAACGCCAAUCACAAGACAAUUGCGAUGAUAUGACAAACGCCGCGUUCACUCCCAAUAUACCACUAUUGCCUGAUUUGGUCCGUAAAUUGGCUGAAGACCAGAUCGUACAGACGGCGCGAACCAAUUCGAGCCAAUCAUCACCGAACCAAUCAAAUGGUGAAUCACACAAAGAACUCACGAGUGGUAAUAAUAAUGUGAUACUAAAGGUUCCGUCCUAUAAACCUAAGACCACUUCUGCUGCCGUCACAUCUGAAUCCAAACAAUCAAACGAAGAGCAGCCAAAUGUGAACACUAGUGAUACCGAAACCAUUAACCAGUUGUGCACCUCUUCUAGUCAUACAGAAAGUGAUGAACGAAUUAAUGAUGAGUUCGAGAGCAAGAGUUUCUCUUUGAAAGAUAUCAUUGCGAAGAGUAUUAGUCGCCGAUUGUAUAACUCGACCACAAGUGCAAAGUUCUCCUCUAAUAUCGUCAACAACUCAGAAGACUCUUCUUCUGAUGCCUUAGCGAGUGAUGACAAGUACGACAAGUUUGACGGCCUCUCGGCCUCUGAGCUGAUGAGCGGGAAUGUCAGCGAUCACAGCAACCCAUCCACACCUGAGAAACGCAAUCGACCCAAAAGAGGCAGAUAUAGGAACUAUAACAGAGACGACUUGGCGAAGGCCGUCAAAGCUGUCCAAAGGGGAGAAAUGAGUGUUCACAGGGCAGGAACUCUGUUCGGAGUCCCGCACUCAACACUUGAAUACAAAGUCAAAGAAAGACAUCUAUUGAGACCGAAGAAGCGUUUGAGCGAAACCAAUGUCACCGUUAAGAAGGAAAGUGUUGGCAAAUCCAAUGGAAGUACGAAUAACCGGGUUAUGAACGGCUCACCAAAUAACUCGGCCAUCAAUUUAAUGGACAGUUCGGGUCAAAUGCCGUUAUGGCAGUCGGCCUUUCCUUUACUGCCAUUAGAAGUGAAUAAUUCGGGACAAAAUAGUGCCAACUUUUUCGCCUCAAAUAUGAUGAGGAAAUUGCAGGAAAACGCGAGAAUGAACGAAGAGGUGGUCAAAAGUGGCAACGAUUCAAACGGCGGUGAAUACGGGGGUCUUCUACUCGACAGUCUUAUUAAGUCAUCGCUUGUUAACAAAACUGUGAAUUCAAAAGUCAAAUCAGAGGUCAAAUCAGAGGAUGAAGACAAUGAUGGCGACGAUGACGACGAAGACGACAACCAGGAAGUGAUGAACACAUCGCUAAAGCUGUUGAAAGAGGUAUCAGCGCUCGAGAAGAAGGAUUGAGUACUUCGGAGACAUAGAAAGCAAUUAUAAGAAUAUAAUAAUAAUAAUAAUUUAGUGAAUAAGUGCCGCAAAUAUCGCAUAUAUAUUCCGAUAUUCGGAAAACGGGUGCCUUUUUGCACGUCAGACACGGCCUCACAAACAGCCGAUAAAGAUGUCGAUCUCUAGUCUAUUAAAAAUUAUAUAUAAAACAGAUUUUAUCGAAAAUAUUAAUAUUGAAACCCAAUUGUCUCUCAGCUGUGAUGCUAUUAAUAGUGUUUAUAAGUGUUUUGCUUUUUUUGGUCCAAAUCAGACAACAAUUACAAGAAUUUAGUAAAUUUCCACACAUAUUAUACAGGAAUACAGGGUCACCACAAAACCUGCACUUCUAUUAUAGGAUUAGUUGGAUUAGUGAUAAGCGAUUCAUAUUUUUUGAAUUAAUUGAGAAAUAAAGGGCACAAAAUCUCAUCACAUUUAGUAGAUAUUGUGUAUCAUAUUAUCGUUAAUUAUAUUAACAAUUCAAACAAAUGAUACGAAAGAAAACCAUAUUUAAAUUUAAUAUCAAAUCGAAAUAUUAAUUACAAAAUUUGAUAUAAAAAAGAGAUAAUGAUUUGUAAUAUUUUUUAUACCACAAAUAUUUGAUCCCAACUUAAUAGUCAUUCCACUAUUGAAAGCCUAAAAAAUGUUUUAAUAUUGAAAUUCAAUUGAAAAAUAUAAAGAAAGGAAUUUAUUAUCAAAUUUUUAAUAUAAUUAUUACAACAGAAACCAAAGGCAGAGAUGUUUUAGAUUUAGAUUUUAG